UGAAGAGCGAAUUGCCAUGUGACGCCAGUCCCACCCCACUCAACACAAACUAUCAUGCCUUCUCAUCCGAUGGCUGCUUCAGGGAGACAAACCAGUGCAGAAGAACAUCAUCAGCGCACACUUGCCCGCAUUGGACAAAUUCAAUCACACCUCUCCAGCUCUCCGCGUGGACAGCGACUCAAGGGUAAAACAUGCAUUAUUACCGGCGUUGGCUCAUUGCAUGGCAUAGGCCGUGCUUCUGCACUCUUUUUCGCACAUGAAGGAGCGACUCAUCUAUACUUGCUCGAUUUCUCACCAGAGAAUUUGCCUGGUCUCAAGUCGACAAUUGGGAAUUCAUAUCCAGACGUGAAGGUAACCAUAAUCGAAGCUGACGCAGCAAAUGAGACUGCCAUAGCAGAUGUCUGCGAACGAGCGUUACAAGAUGAAGGACGAUUAGAUGUAUUCUUUGCCAACGCUGGUUUCGCAAGUAACAAGGCGCUUCCCGAUAUGACCGCAGAAGGUUUCAUGGAAAGCAUGCGAGUCAAUGCAUUGUCGUGCUUCCUUGCCGUCAAGUACGGUUCCGACGCGAUGAUGAAGACUAAUUCGUCGAGAGGGAAGGAUCUCAGUGGAGGAAGCAUCAUCUUGACUGCAUCUGUGGCUGGGCUGCGGUCCGGGGCGGGGACCAUAGACUAUAGCGCGAGCAAAGCAGCUGUGAACUCGAUCGCGAAGACGAGCGUGUAUCAACUUCAGAAGACUGACAUUCGCGUAAACGCAAUCUGCCCAGGCCUGAUCGAGACCAAUAUGACCAAGGACGUAUUCGACUUUGCUCGCCAACGAGGCAGCGGGAGUAAGAUUGGCCAAUUGAACCCAAUGGGUCGGUUUGGCGUCGCCCAAGAAAUCGCUCAAAUGGCUUUGUUUUUGGCUUCGGAUGAAUCGAGUUAUGUCAAUGGACAGAAUAUUGCAGUUGAUGGAGGGCUUUCGUCAUCGCACCCUGUAGUCCCAGGACGGUGGGCCUGAUGCCGCCAGACUAUCUCAGACCGCAUCUUCUCCCGUGUUUUUGUCACAUUGUUGGUUUUGUACUUAAUACUGAUUGAAUCAACAUGGGACUUAAUGACGUUUUGGGGCC